AUGACAGACGACGGUAGGCGGGAGCGGAGUCCAGUCUCGCUCAAUAUCUACGUAGCGCUCAGCAUUGGGUCCACGUAUGCGGGCGAUCUCGAGCGAGGCCUGGAGUUCUGGAUGAUCGCCAGGGAGCAUCUGGGCUACGUGUUCGAUGCCUCGAGCUACGAUGUGGCGUGCACCCUCCGACUGAUGGCCCGCGCUGCUCACGUCUUUUCAAAGACGGAGAAGGAGGGACGCGAGAAGGCGGCGUACUACUUCGAGCUGGCCAAGCAGAUAUUCACCGCCGUCGGGUCGGUGCACGACGAGAACUACAUCAUGGCCGACAAGUGCAAUGCCCUCUAUCACACCCAACCGCCCAACCCCGACGAAGCACUCAACCGCAUGCCGGCGUGGCGCCGCACGUGGCGUCUGACGGAGUACCAGUUCCUGCAGUGCAAGUACGGUCGGGUGGCCGAAGGGCUGCGCGACCACCUGUGGCACGUCUUCGCUCAUCUUCGCACCGCCCUUGACAUGCUCGCUGCCUCCGAGCCAUUGGCGAUGUCGAAGCUGGAGGAGGUGAUGACGCGCUUCACGCAGGAGCUCGAGGGCGAGCAUUUCACCGCCAAUAGACACGUGGUGGCCUACCAGCGCACGUUCAUUCUCUUCAUGAAGGCCUGCUGCGCCCAUCGGCUCGGCUGGAUCACCCAAGCCCUGCAACACACUCACGCCUUCUUCACUCACCUCACCACCUUCAACCCCGGUGCGCUGGCGGUGAUGUUGUCGGAGAUGUGGUGGCUCGCGCCGAUCGCGAGCGAGGUGGCGGGCCUGCUGCGUCUGUGCCUCCACCAGCGGCGGCAGGACCAGCUCUCGCUCUUCUUCCAGCUCCUGGCGCCCCUCCGCGGAACGAUCGUGUGGGCCGACCGCAUCGGGCGCCUGGCCGAGGACCUGCUCGCCCGGGCCGCGCUCGACCUGCCCGCCUCCCACUUCUUCCCCUACUCCUCCUUCGCCACGCCGGCCUCCGCCUUCGUCCCUCCGCCAUCGUUGUCAUCGUUGUCGUCGACACCACCGCGACCCAGCGAACGACGCAAGCGAGCACGCGACGACGGCCAAUCUGCGACCCUGCUCGACCUCAUGUAG